ACUGGGAUUGCGGGCUUUCUAACUUAACCUAUAGUCUGACAAUGGGCAAAACCAUUUUAAAAUUGGACCAAUUGUCAAUGAAUCCUAGCAUGACACACCCACUGGUUGUGGGCCAGCAAUGACGACUGCAUUGCUUACCUCAGCCUCGGCCAUGUACACGCAUCAGCAGCAGCAGCAGCAGCAGGCGCAGCCUUCGGGUCGCAAUGCUAUACUGAAGCAGCAGGGGAGUGUCAAGGGCGACAAGCGGGUAUCGAUUCAACAAACAUCGAGCAGUAAUCAUAACAACAACAACAACAACAACAAUAAUGCCAAGUCAGCAACGAAUGUUGAAUAUAUCUCCGAAGGAGCAGGAAGCAAAGUGCGACUAACCGCAAAGCCGCCAGCAGGACCCCGGCCAGCCUCGCUGAUCAUCACCAGGUCCGAUUCCAGCUCACAGUUCCAGCUGCUACGCUCCUCCUCAGUGGACUAUGACGACGUGGAGGCCCAAGAGCACCGCACUACGAUCCGGACGACACUGCUAGAGCAACAGGAGGAGGAUGAAGCGGCACCGUUCGUGUUUACAGCGCGCAAAUGAUACAAUCUGAUAGCCAGAUGGCAGCCAAGCUUAUUUACACAAUUUAGAUAUAGGGCCAGUCUUAAAUAAGCUAACUAACUAGCUAAUUACUGAAAGAGUUUGCAGUUGGAACUCGAGAGUUGUGGUUCCCCAAAAUAGAAUGUAAUCUAGCAAAAGACAAUUGUUUGCAUUAGUUCUUGUUAUAUUUGUGUGUUUAUGUGUAUUUAUUAAUUGUAAACUGAUGGAAGAGUAGGAUAAAUGUGUAAUGAGAAUCUGCAUAUGGAAUACAUAAAGUGCUACAGUGUUAUAUAUUUUUGGUUUCUAUAUGUACGAACUACGAAUUAUACAAACAAUGAAAAGAGAA